GUAGGCGUCUCUCCCGGCGGGUGUCGGGUCGGGCGGUGCUUCCGGAGUAAGAUGGCUGCAGCGCGCGUGCUGAGGACCUGGAGCCACUGCGCUGGGAGGCUGAUUUGUGUUCGCUAUUUUCAAACAUGUAGAAAUGUGCAUGUUUUGAAGCCAAAAUGUGUGUGUUUCCUCGGUUUCCCUUCAUUCAAGUACAGUCAUCCUUAUCGCCUGCUAAAAACAACAGCUGCUCUGCAAGGACAGGUUGUUCAGUUCAAACUCUCAGACAUUGGAGAAGGAAUUCGAGAAGUAACCAUUAAAGAAUGGUAUGUAAAAGAAGGUGACACCGUGUCUCAGUUUGAUAGCAUCUGUGAAGUUCAAAGUGAUAAAGCUUCUGUUACCAUCACUAGUCGUUAUGAUGGAGUCAUUAAAAAACUUUAUUAUAAUCUAGACGAUAUUGCCUAUGUGGGGAAGCCAUUAGUAGACAUAGAAACAGAAGCUUUAAAAGAUUCAGAGGAAGAUGUUGUUGAAACACCUGCCAUGUCCCACGAUGAACACACACACCAAGAGAUAAAGGGCCAGAAGACACUAGCAACACCUGCAGUUCGCCGCCUUGCAAUGGAAAACAAUAUUAAGCUGAGUGAAGUUGUUGGCUCUGGAAAAGAUGGCAGAAUACUUAAAGAAGAUAUUCUCAACUUUUUGGAAAAGCAGACAGGGGCCAUAUUGCCUCCCUCACCAAAAGUAGAAAUUAUAUCACCUCCACCAAAACCCAAAGACCGGCCCAUUCCCAUGCCAAUAUCAAAACCACCAGUAUUCACAGGCAAAGACAGAACAGAGCCUAUUACAGGCUUUCAGAAAGCAAUGGUCAAGACCAUGUCUGCCGCCCUAAAGAUUCCUCACUUUGGUUAUUGUGACGAGAUUGACCUUACUGAACUCGUUAAGCUGCGGGAAGAAUUAAAACCCAUUGCUUUGGCUCGUGGAAUUAAGCUCUCCUUUAUGCCCUUCUUCUUAAAGGCUGCUUCUCUAGGAUUACUACAGUUUCCCAUAUUGAAUGCUUCUGUGGAUGAAAACUGCCAGAAAAUCACAUACAAGGCAUCUCAUAACAUUGGGAUCGCAAUGGAUACUGAGCUGGGGUUGAUUGUCCCAAAUGUGAAAAAUGUUCAGAUCUGCUCUAUAUUUGAGAUUGCUAUUGAACUGAACCGCCUCCAGAAACUGGGUUCUUCCAGGCAACUCAGUACCACUGACCUUACUGGAGGGACAUUCACUCUUUCUAACAUCGGAUCAAUUGGUGGAACCUACGCCAAACCAGUGAUACUGCCACCUGAAGUAGCCAUUGGGGCCCUAGGAUCAAUUAAGGCACUUCCCCGAUUUAACCAGAAAGGAGACAUCUAUAAAGCACAGAUCAUGAACGUGAGCUGGUCAGCUGAUCACAGAGUCAUUGAUGGAGCCACAAUGUCACGCUUCUCAAAUUUGUGGAAAUCCUACUUAGAAAACCCAGCUUUGAUGCUUAUAGAUCUGAAAUGAAGAUAAAAGAGACAUCCUUGAACUUUUUGAGCUUCCAAAGAGUAUGGAAAACCUAGCAAUGCCCAUGUAUAGCCUUUGUUACAACUGGUAUUAUGGAUGAUUUGUAUUAGUUGAUUAAGGCUCAAAGCACAGUAUUUAUCGCUGUCAUGUUAGGCUUUGUUGUUGCUUUGUGGAAAAAGAAUGACAGUGUAGUGUACCAGUCCUCCUGGAACAGCCACACCCUAUAGGUCAGAGUAUGACAACUCACUGUGUCAAAUGGAUUGAAACAAGCAGCAACACAGUUAGUGUUACUAAGAGUAACCCAUACAUGUAGCAUUUAUCUUGUCUUCUUUUUUAAUUUUUUUAACUGAUUUUUUAAUGAAAAUCUUAAGUUAUACUUAAUUUAGGAAAAGGAAUUUAUAUACAAAUAUAUUUUCCAUUUCCCUGAAAUCAUGGCAACGGUUAUAGAAAAUAAGUGCAAUUAUCUUUUAUGAAAACCAGGGAUCUACCCUUGCUUUAUGUAAGAAAGUAGUGUUUUAUAUAAGUGUCUCAUAGAUAUAAAUUAACAUUUUUUAAAUGGAAAUGAUUAUAUGGUCUUAAUUAUAGUUUUAUAACUAGUAAGGCUGUUAAAGGUGUAUGUUUGAAAUGGGUGUACUUUUCCAGUUUUGGAAAUUCUGUGACAUUUUCUUGAGGGAGAAUUUUACCUUUGCAAAUUCACUUAAUAUGAGAAAAGUAAUUUAAAUACAGUGGCUAUGGACAUUUUUAUGCUCAGAAGUUCACUGCAUUUUAAUUUUCUUGAUCUUCAGCCAAAAAUAGGAUAAGAAAAGGAUUUGGGGUCUAUUCUGUUCUCCUAUUUCAGAAUAGAAACAUGAAUAAGCAAAGAGCUCAGAAAUUUUGGACAUAAAAAUAAAUUUUAUACAAAAAUCAAGGCUUCAUAAUGAUCAUUUUGUUAAAGGCUCACUUUAAUGAGGAAUAGCAUUGAGGUAAGUCUAAUAGAGCAUAUUGAUCUGAUUCAUAAAUUUAAGUAGCUUCCAAUGUCAUCCAGUGAGUUCAACACAGCAAAGUUACUUGCUCAAGUGAAGUUUUAUGACAGAAAAGAAAGGUCAUUUUGUUGUCUGCUUGAUUUUGUUUUAGAUGGGACUCCUUUAUAGAUCAAAAUAAUAAAGUAAAUUCUGUUAAUUUAUAAAUUCA